GGCUGAGGGGCUGGAUGCUGCUCUCACUUCUCCCAGACUGAAAGAGCGAAACAGCGGAAUAAAAAUCACAAUCAAAUCUUUCAAUGGCUUCCAACUUCAACGACAUAGUGAAGCAGGGCUAUGUGAGGAUCAGGAGUAAGAAGCUGGGGAUCUUCAGGCGAUGUUGGCUCGUGUUCAAAAAGGCAUCAAGUAAAGGGCCGCGACGAUUAGAGAAAUAUCCUGAUGAAAAAGCUGCCUACUUUCGAAGUUUUCAUAAGAUAACUGAGCUGCACAACAUCAAGAACAUUACCAGAAUGCCUCGGGAGACAAAGAAACAUGCCGUGGCAAUUAUCUUCAGCGAUGAGACAUCGAAGACAUUUGCCUGUGAUUCAGAGCUGGAGGCAGAGGAGUGGUGUAAGUUGCUUUGUUUGGAGUGUUUGGGCAGUCGGAUCAAUGACAUCAGCCUCGGUGAGCCGGAUUUAUUAGCAGCAGGAGUGCAGAGGGAACAGAACGAGAGGUUUAACGUGUAUCUGAUGCCCACGCCCAAUCUGGACAUUUAUGGCGAGUGCACGAUGCAGAUCACGCAGGAGAACAUUUACCUGUGGGACGUCCAUAAUGCCAGAGUUAAGCUGGUCAUGUGGCCUCUGAGCUCACUGCGACGGUAUGGACGAGACUCUACAUGCUUUACCUUCGAGUCCGGAAGGAUGUGUGAUACAGGAGAAGGAUUGUUCACGUUCCAAACAAGAGAAGGAGAAGUGAUCUACCAGCGAGUUCACUCCGCCACACUCUCGAUCGCAGAACAGCAUGAACGCAUGAUGCUGGAAUUUGAGAAAAAGUCACAGACCUUUCUGAGUGAGAACACAUUAACCAAGUCGAUAUCUCUGCCACGGAGUGCUUACUGGCAUCACAUCACACGUCAGAACAGCAUGGGAGACAUUUACAGUUAUCAAGAUAAGACAACAGGUGUGAGUUCGAUGCUGACCCUGAUCCCUCGAGCUCAGACUUUCCAAAGCUUCCUGACUGAAGAGACAGAAGAGGAAAAGAGAGAGAAGGAGAGAUCAGGCUCGCCCUCUAGUGAACAUAAAGGGCACUACAGCUCCGCACUACAGCACUGACACGCACUCUCACAAGGAAAGAAAGAAGAAGAAGGAAAAGAAGGGGAGGAAAAAAAGACAUUUUACCGUUAGAGAAUCAGUAGACAUGUACAGUACAGUAAAGAUGUAUAGUUCUAUAAAUAUCUUGUAGAGAUGAAUAUAAUCUAGAACGGUUUUGUACCUGCUGUACAGCAACAGAUGCCUCAAUUUACAACUUUAUUUUUGCACCUUUCUUUUUUUUUCCUUCUACCAAAAACAUCUUUCAGCACAUUACCAUAUUUUGUGGACUAUAACAUGGUUUUCUUGGCAUGAAGAUUUAGAGAGGAUACUUUAAAACAGUUAGCUAAGCUUCGAGUUGCUCUCAAAAGGCCACAAGUCAGCUACAUUAGAUUUUUUUAAGAGAAAUGUAGCUAGAAUGAUGAGUAUGAAAACGUUCUAAAUCGUAUGAUCUGGCCUUCACACUCUGCAGAUCUCAACGCAGAGACGUGUUGAAUCUAUAUCAAGGCGUAUCGAAGCUGUUCUGACGUCUCAUCUGUGUAUUGCCAGUCCACUUCCUCAUUAGAGGAACACUGUGGGUUUCCUUUAAUUUGUCAUCUGUUUGUAGAAUCAGCUCUAAAAAAAAGAAACAUGGUUCUGCUGCCUGCUCCAGUUUCAUAAGGAGCUAUGACCGUCGUGUGUCCUCAGCUUCCUCUAACAUAAUGGCAGAAGUAAACUGGGUGAAAAACCUGGAAUGGUAAUGACUCUCAUUCAUUUGCAUUCCUUUCACAGAAUUCACCAAAUAUUCAUUACAAGUCAAGGCCAGGUUUAGUAGAUGCUAAUUAGUAGAUAACAGGACUAAUACAGAAAGUGAAAACGUGCAUUUCUGUUAAUCACACUGCUUGUAAGCAAAUACACAGUUUUCAUGGUGAGAAGAAAUCACCAAAUUGUAGCCAGAUGGAACCCUGCAUACUCUGAGAGAAACCCGGCUCAGGAGGCGAGACGCUGUUGAUACGUCAGUAAACACUAGGCUAGACUCUUAUGCACAUGUAUUCAAGCUUUUCCCCAUGAUGCACACUUCUCAGUUUUUGGAGAACUUGCACCCCCACCAACAAAAACACACUUGUCAAUACGUAUUAAAAAAAAAAGGCCAUCCUUUUUGCCCAGGGCUUUUAUCGCCUAUUAUUAACUGGCAAAUAAAAGAGAAUAAAAUAGAACCACAUGAAAAAAAAAAAGAAUUUUAUAAUACAACAGACCUGACAACCCUGAAGAAGAAUAACAUCCUGCAUUAUUGAUCUGCUGAAAAGUGUUUUGAACACCUCUGAAUGCUGACUGACGCAGGAGAGCAGAGAGUGUUUUUAAAUCUCUGUCUAAUUAUCAUUAGCAUUAAUAUUGUUUGUAAUGUUUUAGAUUC